GCGGGCAGGGAGUGGGGCUGCAGCCUACCAGUGUCAGCGGAAGCUGUGGCCCAGCCAUGAACUGGGGGAUCUUUGAGGGGCUGCUUAGCGGGGUGAACCAGUACUCCACGGCCUUCGGCCGCAUCUGGCUGACCCUGGUCUUCAUCUUCCGGGUGCUGGUGUACGUGGUGGCAGCCGAGCGGGUGUGGAGCGACGACCACAAGGACUUCGACUGCAACACCCGCCAGCCGGGCUGCACCAACGUCUGCUUCGACCACUUCUUCCCCGUCUCCCACGUCCGCCUGUGGGCCCUGCAGCUCAUCCUGGUCACCUGCCCAUCCCUGCUGGUCGUCAUGCAUGUGGCCUAUCGGCAGGCCCGGGAAAAAAAACACCAGGAGCUGGUGGGAGAAGGUGGGAGUCGGCUGUACCUGGCCCUGGGCAAGAAGCGAGGGGGGCUGUGGUGGACGUAUCUCUUCAGUCUGAUCUUCAAGGCCAGCAUGGACUUAGUGUUCCUCUACAUCUUCCACCACCUGUACCAGAAUUAUACCCUGCCCCCCGUUGUCAAGUGUACCCUCGCCCCCUGCCCCAACAUUGUGGACUGCUUCAUCUCCAGACCCUCGGAGAAGAACAUCUUCACCCUCUUCAUGGUCAUCACGGCUGCUGUCUGUAUCCUGCUCAACCUGGUGGAGGUGGCCUACUUGGUGGGCAAGCGAGGCCGGGAGUGCUGGGCAGUGGGGGGACGCAAGCAUGGGGACCCCGGAGUCGUGCUGCACGAGCCAGACUGCCCCUUCUCCCUCAAAGAGCAAGAAUUCCUCCUCCAACCGAGCGUCCAGCUCCUCCAAGAGUCCGACUAUGACACCCCCAGGGCCACACUCCAUGCCGACAUCCCGUGGGACAAUGUGAAGAAGACUCUGGUGUGAAGGCCAGUCCACCCUUGG